UCGCGAGGCGCGGCCGCCGGCGGAGGCGCCAUGUGACGGGGCUCGGCGCGGUGACACGCGGCUCGGGCUCAGGGGCGGGCGCGCGGGGAAUGGCCUGAGUCUCUCCCCCUUGGAGCCGUCACGAGCCAUGGAUGCGCCGAGGCGCCGCGCCGCGCCGGCAGGAGAAUGACUGCGGCCCGGGACCCUCCGAGCCCGGGCGCGCGCGUAUACUUAUUGAGUGCCUACUGUGUGCUCGGCACCAUAUCUAUGUGCACAGAAGAGCCCCGGAAGGUCAUACUCCAGUAUAUACACAGUGAUCAUCUCUGUUUGCUGACAUAACAGGGGUGUCAAGCUUAUAUUUUUGCUGCUAUCCAUUUGUCAUACACUCAGAGCAGAAUUUGGACUAAUUUUUUUGACUAUCGAUACUACUUUCUAAACAUGAUGCAUUUCAAAAGUGGACUCGAAUUAACUGAGUUGCAGAACAUGACAGUGCCCGAGGAUGAUAACAUUAGCAACGAUUCCAAUGAUUUCACCGAAGUAGAAAAUGGUCAGAUAAAUAGCAAGUUUAUUUCUGAUCGCGAAAGUAGAAGAAGUCUCACCAACAGCCAUUUGGAAAAAAAGAAAUGUGAUGAAUAUAUUCCAGGAACAACGUCCUUAGGAAUGUCUGUUUUUAACCUAAGCAACGCCAUUAUGGGCAGUGGGAUUUUGGGACUCGCCUUUGCCCUGGCAAACACCGGAAUCCUACUUUUUCUGAUACUUUUGACUUCUGUGACACUGCUAUCUAUAUAUUCAAUAAACCUUCUUUUGAUCUGUUCCAAGGAAACAGGCUGCAUGGUUUAUGAAAAGCUGGGAGAACAGGUCUUUGGCACCACAGGGAAGCUCGUAAUCUUUGGAGCCACCUCUCUACAGAACACUGGAGCAAUGCUGAGCUACCUCUUCAUAGUAAAAAAUGAACUACCCUCUGCCAUAAAGUUUCUCAUGGGAAAGGAAGAGGCAUUUUCAGCCUGGUAUGUGGAUGGCCGCGUUCUGGUGGUGGUGGUUACCUUUGGCAUAAUCCUUCCUCUGUGUCUCUUGAAGAAUUUAGGGUAUCUUGGCUAUACUAGUGGAUUUUCUUUGAGCUGUAUGGUAUUUUUCCUUAUAGUGGUUAUCUACAAGAAAUUUCAAAUUCGCUGCGAUGUUGCAGAGCUAAAUUCAACAAUAAGUGCUAAUUUAACAAAUCCUGACAUGUGUACACCAAAAUAUGUUACCUUCAAUUCAAAGACCGUGUACGCUUUACCAACCAUCGCAUUUGCUUUUGUCUGCCACCCGUCAGUCCUACCAAUCUACAGUGAGCUUAAAGAUCGAUCACAGAAAAAGAUGCAGAUGGUUUCCAAUAUCUCCUUCUUCGCCAUGUUUGUUAUGUACUUCCUGACUGCCAUUUUUGGCUAUUUGACGUUCUAUGAAAACGUACAGUCAGACCUCCUCCACAAGUACCAGAGUAAAGAUGACAUUCUCAUCCUGACAGUGCGGCUGGCUGUCAUCGUGGCUGUCAUCCUCACAGUGCCCGUGUUAUUCUUCACGGUUCGAUCAUCUUUAUUUGAACUGGCUAAGAAAACGAAGUUUAAUUUGUGUCGCCAUAUCUUGGUUACCUUCAUACUCUUGGUGAUUAUCAACUUGUUGGUGAUCUUCAUACCCUCCAUGAAGGAUAUUUUUGGGGUCGUAGGAGUUACGUCUGCUAAUAUGCUCAUUUUCAUUCUUCCUUCAUCUCUUUAUUUAAAAAUCACAAGCCAGGAUGGAGAUAAAGGAACUCAAAGAAUUUGGGCUGCCCUUUUCUUGGGCCUGGGGGUGUUGUUUUCCCUGGUCAGCAUUCCCUUGGUCAUCUACGACUGGGCCUGCUCAUCAAGUAGUGACGAAGGCCACUGAGACCAGCUGAGGACAGGAAUCGUUCCAGCCCGCUGCCCCGUCAUGUCACCACACAUCAGCAAUCUCUCAUCACUUCUUUCGCAAGUUUACAGAAGCAAACAGAAAUUCACAAGACACCUAAAAUGGAAUAACACUUCGGUAGCAAAACAAAAAACCUGUUUGUAUAAUGGUUCCUGUUCCUCUAAGAUUUGGGAUCGAUUUCAGGAUUGUGGUGUUUUUUUUUUUUUUUUUUUAAAGUUUCAUGCAAUUGUAUUUCUCAGUAUUCUUCACAAUCAGUUAUUCUUCACCCUCCUAUUUUUUGUGACUUCAUGGUCCUUUAGAACUUUGAAAACGUAAUGAUCAAUCAUGUUUAUUUAUUAUGCAUCUGGAUUCUAAAAUAAUUUUCCUGCCGAUGUUCCACUCACACCAUCUGUACCUUUUUAGAAGAGAAAACGAAUCUUGAAUUGUAUAUAGUUAUUUUGCUUUACAGAAAAAAAAUGGUUUCAUAAAUAUUUUGCCUACUUUGGUUAACAUAGCACACAGGGAUAAUCAUAAGAGAGUGACAGGGUGUGUGCCAUUGCUGGAUCAGAACCUGCCCAAUAUUUGAGGUGGCUCUGAUCAGCUGGCAGCCAGGUUCCGGCGGGCCAGUGGCCUCACUGGUACUACAUCCUGCUUCAUGCAGAGACAUUCUCCAAUGAGUGUUCUCAGCUGGGGAGGGGGUGAGAAUGAUUUCUUACCUUGGUAAAUAUUUUAAACUACACAUUUGGGUUAUCUAGCAAAUGGAGUUUUGUUUCCCUCUUGGCCAACCGUGUCAAAUUCCAAUCCAAGUCACCUUCCACUGAGGGAGACCCGUGACACCUUUGUAAUAAACUGAGAAGCUAGAGUAUUGCAAAAAGAGCAUCCAAAAUGCCUAAGAAAAUAUUCCUCUGAUGCAAAUAGCCUUCAACCCUACGCCUGUAUUGUUGAAGGGAGAGAAAACAUUUUCUUAAAUUAUAAACCCAGCAGCUUUUACUCAUGUCCACCAGCUUUUUGCACAGAGAAUAAUGUGUAUCUAACCAAGGAUGAUCUAGGAUAAGUAAUUCCUGUUUUAUAUUGGGUACUUUAGGGGGUCUUUAAAAGACUUGUUUUAUAUCUAUAAAUUUAGGUUAUUACAAAUAUAAGAUUUUUGUACCUUAAAUAAGCCUCAUUCCUAUUUCUUCUCCAUCAACAAUCCACUCAGAGUCUUGAGGAAAAAAAAAAGAAAAAGAACCUUCAGAGAUAGCUUUUGAGAAGAACUUGUGACAAAAUCAGUGUACCUUCCUUCCCUCCGACGGGGACUUUGGUGCCUGUGCUGUCUCCUCUUCUCUUCCCUAACCAAAGGGUGCGCCAUUACCGCCUGCCCAGCGUCACUCACACAGAAGGACGGCGUUGCCUCACACCCUACCCCAGCCCCACUGCCUCCUAAAGGGGGUGGAAGGAAAUUACACAGAGACUGAAAAAGAAGAGAGUUGGGGACAAGGCAUAGCUUGGAAAGUUGGAGGACAGCAAGGAAACCCAGAAUCGCAUCCCCCCGAAGCUGGGCCACCACCUGUGAUUGGACAGUCCUUAUCACACAGUAAGAAAUGUUUGUGCUCUUGAAAUAGGACUUGUGCUUUAUUCAUAUUCUGGUUGAAUUUCUCAAACUUGUACGUUCACUGAGCACAGAUUUCUUAUCCAGAGAUAAGUAGGAUCUAAACCGUAGAACCUUGGCAGGAUUUCCAAGCACUUAGCUCUGCGUUCUCUUCCUCCUUCACUCAAAUCCCUAAAGAUCUUUACUCAUCAUUCCCCAGGAGUAACAAGGAACUGUCCCUCCCCAUUUACAGACUGAUGUCCCAUAGAAAAGGCAGGCAUCGAAGCACCUUGUGAUGGAAAGGUUAUUUCCUGCAUUUCUUGGUAGGAUCAUCAUAGCUUUUAAUGUAAUGCUCCUGAGUUCUAUCCACGUUAGGUCAGAGUUCAGGUAAUUAGAUAGGAAUACCUGCUCAUACAUGAAUACCUAGCCUAGUAAAAUCCACAGCCACCUCUGGCCUUUUCAGCAGUGUCUUCCAUAUUGGAUGAACAGGGAGAGAAACUGAGCAACACAAGUCAGUUGGCCCUCAGAGGCUCGUCCAGGGCACCGAGUAAUGAAAUAGCCAGGUAGUGGACUGACCCUCCGUUAAAAAAAGUAGAGUUUAGUUUGCAAGCAAUAUUAUGCAACUUUCUAUUUUCCUCAUUAAUUUAUAACAGCUCAUUUGACACAAAGUCAACUUAGAAAAUUGUAACUCUUGGGAUGUGUAGUGAUAUUUUUGGAUCUCUGGAUUUUAUGUGUCAGUACAGGGAACUUUUAUUAUUAUUUAAGAUAUUUAUUUAGAGGAGGCACAUUGUUGUUGAUGCCUGUGAUACUGCAGGUUUUUAAAAUCUUCUUUGUAUGUUUAUCUAAGUUGAUUUUUGACUGAAUAUAAUAGACCCUACUGUAAUUUGUCAAAUACCACAGAUUAAUCACAUCAUUUGUGUGGGAUUAGCUGUAAAGUGUACUGCAAUAAUUCUUGUUCAGAAUAGUGAACUGGUAGCCAAAAAUACAUGUAUCACAGAUGUUAGGUAGAAUUUAAACAACAGUCAAGUGCUAUAGAAGUUUUUCUGCUAAAUUAGUAGACUAAAGAAUAUUAUACCUUGGCCAUUGGGAGCAGCACGUUUUCCUUUGGUAGCUAGAACCUUAACACUAGUGAACAGUGCCAGUUUCAUACUUUGGAUUUAGACCUGUUCUCUAGUUAUUAUCACACAAUAUACUAGUAAAUCCCUAAUUUAACGUAGUGUUGGGACUGGGGCAGUAAAGUGUGUACGGGAGAGAAAUCGAAUCUCAUUAAACACAGGCUGUCCCCGAUUUAUAAGUAGAUCAUGUUGCAAAACCCUGUUAGUUGGUUGUUUGCAACCUGGAAUGUAUUUUCCUCUAAAAACCAGGUUAUACAUAGUGGUUAGGCCCCAGAGCAGCUAGGAAGGAUGAUCAAACCCAUCAUUUAGCAGAAUAAGGAUAAUAAAGCGUGAUUGCUAAAAAGCCUAACCACCAGAGAGAAUACGGUUUCUAAGGAGUAUUUGUUCAGAGUUGCCAAGAAGACGUCACUCCUGUUCAUGGAAUCUGGACGGCCCACGCUAGCCACACACCAGCUGCUGGACGGUGGGGGGAGGGUGACCACUAGUUAGUGGAGACCGUGUGGCCUGAAGCAAGGUCUCCGGCAAAGGAAGGGAAGAGUAAGUCCAGGGCCACCAGAGAACCUGGUGGGAGGAGGAGGAAGAGGAGGAGGAAGAUGGGGCCUCUUGUGGGUUGUAAACCGCCAGGGACGUUCAUUCCUCGGCUGGUGUCCUUUCUUUUGCCUAGAGGUCUCAGGCUUGGCCUGACUUUUCUGUUUUGUAGGACCUGUUGCUCCGUGGUUUGUCCCCACCCACCCCACCCCACCCCACCCCACUUACAGAACAGGAUGCUGUCGCAGAGCUUCCCCCGAGUGCCAGCACACAGCACUUCGAAUGGGUUUCGGGCUAGUGAACCAUGGUUUAGCCGCCUAGUAAGCAGAUCGGUGUCAAAGAGGCUCUCUACUGACUUUCCUUCUCUGUGUUUGCGGACCCUGUUGAGAAAGGCACACGUGGGUGAUGGCCACGGGGCUGGGGGUGGACAGGGGACUGUGGUGGGAUCCCUGUGUUUGAGAGGACACCGCAGAAAUGGCCCCCACAACUGACUUCCUUCUGGAGUUGGACUCAAGCCUCUAAGGCCGUGGUUCUCACAGAGUGCUCCCCGGAUGGGCCACAGCAGCAGCAGCAGCAGCAGCACCUGAGGACUUGUGGGAAUGCAGGGUUUGGGGCCCCACCCCAGAACUAAUGGAAUCAGAAACUGUGGGGCGGAAACCCUCAGCAGUCUGGGUUUGAACAAGCCCCCCAUGUAACCUUGAUGCACGUCAAGUCAGAGAACCACCACAGGCCAACUUGUCUCUCUUUGCUUCUCCCCAGUCGUCCUACCUCAGAGCGUGGUGCCUAGGAAAUGUUGGUGCUGACGCACAGUCGUAAAGGAAGGCUCCCCGCACUCGGGUCUACCGGGCUGAGGUGCACUGGGAAUACCUUUCUUUUGAAGCUGUGAAGACAUGAAAGUGAAGUGUUUCUGUUUUUGUGGAGAACGCAAAGAAAAUCCCCUUGGUAAAUGCGGCCUUCCAUAGAGGAGAUCCUGAAUUCAUGCCAGGAGUUAAGUUCUCCACAAUGUUCGUGUGCGUUGUGUAAUGAUCCAUCCUGCCCUCCUUUUAAAGUGAAUUCUCUAGAAAGGUAUGCACCGCAAAAGCAUCGACCAGCUGCUCGGAGAAGGCUGGGUUUCAGUAGGUCACGAUGUUGGCCGGCCACUUGUGGGGUGGGGAGGAGGUUGAGGACACCAUCAGGUAUUUGAUCUCAUGCCUCAGAGCAAAGCCACUGGCUUCCCUCAGUUUAUCAAUGGAAAUGGCUUGAGGCUUGGAAAGGGCGGAAGCUUUGAGAAUAGAAUGCCUCCAUUCCACUUCCCUGUAAACUUGUAGCCACUCUCAAAACAAAGAAGACCCAGACUACAUCACUGAGCAGGGCCAAUAAAUGGUUUUCCCUACGGAUGGCAGAUCUGAGGAUCCUUCAGCAACAGAACAUACUUCCUCUAAAAUACACGCAGUGAAUUAUUGAUGAUGGCAUAGGGCUUUAGGUACAAAUUGGGAAUGGGGUGGCUAACAAUGGAAAAACCUCCCUAAAUCUAAAAGGGAAAGUGCUUGAAAAUAGUAAAAUUCACAAGGCUCAGUCCUUCUCCUUCUUUAGGGUUUUCUCAGAGGAAGGGCUGUGAACUGGGCCCAUCUGUCUACAGGCUUGACUUUGUGUUUUUAAAAGGAAGAAUCUAUGCAGCUGAGGUUUAUUGUAGGAAAUAUUUCAUUUGUAUGUAAAUACGUUGUAAAUAAAUAGGAGGCUGUAUAUUUUUGCAGUUGUUGAUUCACACUGAAAUAGAAGUCUGCAUAUCAAGAAUCUAGUAUCUGCAUAACGAGAAUAAAUGUUGUCAUAGAUAUUAGUGGUUUUGUUUGGGAAUUAGGAAAAUUUACAUUCUUGCCCAGGUAACAUCAUCCUCUCAGUGUAAACUUGGAUUCUAAAAAUCUUACUUAAUUGUUUAGAAAGCAAAAUGUCUGAGAAAUAGUUGCAUUGAUUUAUUGUAUUAAGAUCAAUUAUUUAAGAGAUAAUCCUCUGAGCUACAAAUAAGGAAUAUUUAGACCCAAAUUACUGUCAUAUAGACAUAGAUAUACCCAAAAGGACAAAUUGUUUCUUCAUAAUGCUCUUUCGCCGUUAACACUGAUACCACUACACAGUAUUUAUGAAAACAGAAGUUGGGGAGAAUUUUUCUUUUCAAAAUUAAAUUGAAUUGCUGCAUUUCCCAAACCUUGGGAUCUUUGAAAGGGGGAAAAAAACCUGAAUAUUAACUAUGAGCACAAAUUUGACGGGGGGG